AUGGCGGAGUUGACUCCACAGCCGAGAGGAAUGCCUAUGCAAGAGGAAAUGCCGGGGCAGCCGCAAAUGGCUGCAUUUUCUUCGAUUCCAGAGGAAAAUCUAACAAAAGAACAGAAAAUCGCGAAGCAAAAUCUUGAAGCUGCAUUUGGCGCAAUCAAACAGGCAUUUGCCAAAGUCCAUGAAGGCAUGAAUUAUAUCCAGCAGCAAAAUCUGACCGUGGCGAAAAAGCUCAAGACAGUAUCGUCGAUUGAUAUUCGAUACUUUCAUCUCGAUAUCCCUGUCAAAUGCAAGAUGGAAAACGGCGUGCUUUUGGAAGUUAGCGAGCUCAAAGCUUCAAAGAGCGAGUGGCACAAAGGCUGCAAAUUUACAUUUAUUGUGACGACCGAAGGAACAAGUCAUCAUUUGAACAUCAAAGUACACACGCCAGCUUACAUGGAAAAAUACGAAAUCAGAUUCAAAGUGUACUCUCACUAUGACAAGACUGAGCCAGUGUGCUACAGCGAGAAUGCCAAAGAAGGAGAUAUCUACACGGUCAAAAUUUCCGACGUUACCGACAUCUACUCAGAUCCUCGAUUCCACGAUGGUAUCGCACCCGAAACGCUUCCUGUGGACAUUGAAAUCGAUUUCAGAGCCAUGCAUUUCAGGAAAUAA